UGCUAUUGUUUUCCUCUGUCACUUAUUCCUGCCCCGCGGCCAGAGCGCAGGCGCCGCCGCCGGGCCGGCAUUGGCGGGCCCGCCCCCCCCGCGCUGUACCCAGGAGGCCGCGCGGCGCCGAGGUCAAGAUGGCGGCGAGGGCGCCUGUUGCAGGAGGUGGUCGCCUGUUUGAGAGGCUUUGCAAGUGGUACUAUAAUGCAGCUGGGUUCAACAAAUAUGGGUUAAUGCGGGAUGAUAUGUUGUAUGAAGAUGAUGAUGUGAAAGAAGCACUGAAGAGACUUCCAGAGCACCUGUACAACGAGAGAGUGUUCCGCAUAAAGCGAGCGCUGGACCUGAGCUUGAAACAUCAGAUCCUUCCCAAAGACCAGUGGGUGAAGUAUGAGGAGGAUCACCGUUAUCUUGAACCAUACCUAAAAGAAGUAAUCCGUGAAAGACAAGAAAGGGAAGCAUGGAACAAGAAGUAACUGUUGAAUCAUUUCAUGCAAAUAUCCAGAUAUUUCUGAUAUUUUAAACAUUUGGUUGUAGAAGUCCAUAGGGAGGCAGUUGUGGGGCUGAGGAAUACUGUUUCAGCUUGUUCAUUGAGUCUGAUCAUCCAACUAAAAUAAACAUGUCAAACUAUAAAAAUCUUGGAAGAAUUCUUUCUAAAUGUUAACAAGCUAAUGUUCGGAUCUUUCCUGUGAGCAUAUACAUUACACAUUAGCUUAGUGGUAUGCAGUCUUCAUUCCAGCUUUUGAUUCUUGCUCUUUUCAUCAUACAGCUGUUUUCUGCAGUAGUAGAAUGAGGUAAGAAAUGUUCAAGGCUGUUGGUGCUAGUUGCUCUCUUAAGUUAAAGAGGAUUUAGUAUUCAUUCAUCAGUUGUCAUGUGGACAGCCAUACUGAACCAGUAUUGAUGUUACAAUGGUAUUGUGAGACAGCAGCAUGUAAUAUCCUGUGUAUCUAAGCAGAUAUAUAUUGUAAAAAUGGAAAAUAUAGAUGAUUCCUUCCACGAACUUUUUACACCAUGUACAUUGUUAAGCCUUGAAAACUAUUUUCAUGUAAACCAUGAUGACUGUCUCACUUCAGCUUUUUGAGACUUUUUAUUCUUUUAAAGAGUAAAAGUGGUAUUCUGAUGUUCUUUAAACAACAUAGCACUUAACAUAGUUAACUUCUCACAGGUUUUAUCAUCACCUAAAGCAUGCUCUAGUUUUUACUGAUUUGUAUCGAGAAAAUACUGGCCCUUACUGGCUGAAAACCUGGAGCUUAGUCUUCUGUAGUUCAAUGGUGGUGUGAAUUUGAGGCACAUACUGGUAUAAGGCAUGAAAUUCAGAGCCUGUUGUGUAACCUUCUGCAUAAAGUACAGAAUCUUGCAUGAUGGCCUCAAGGUUUGCUUUUUUCCUUUUGUUGUGCAUGCUUGUCUGCCAAACACAACACUCAGUUUACCAAAAGAAAAAGGAGCAAACCACAUCUGCAGUUGUGAAUUGGUAUGACCAAAUAAUAAAAUACUGGAUUAGAAGCUUUUA